AUGCCUCGUCGACUGUCGACAACCCUACGAGUACCUCGUCGAGACCAUCUCUUUUCCGCAGACGACGAUACCGCCGAAGUCGAGGCUGAUGCAUUCAGACGCCGCCUCGUAGGCCGCAGGAAAUCAGCUCCGCCUGGCCUUGUUCCUUCAGAGCAUCACGUUGGCCCUCCUGCUCCCUCCAGAAUACCUAGGUUGGAGUUGACAGAGGCCCCGGACGAGUCACCUGUGCAAGAUGAUGCGGAAGUCGACUCGGACGCUGGGAGCUUCACUCUCAAACUCCGCCAGCAAGCCAUCAACGAGACACAUCCCUUUGGAAUCAGGCUAUGGAAACCCGCCCUUUAUCAACAAGGCAAACCACCCGACGACGAUGAGAGCAAUGGAACCAACUCCAUACCAGGUCAGAACGCCAAUUUGUGGUCGUUGCUGUUCAACAUCCUCUGGACUAUCUUGUUCGGUUGGUGGCUGGCUAUCCUCGCUGCCGUCGGCGGUCUUCUUGUGCGACUUGAGACAAACGACCGCCUCAACCAGGGACGCAGCAUGCAUGAAUAUGAGCAAUGGCAGAAUGGCAGCCUGAAUCAUGGUCAUCUUUUCUUCGGUCCCAGACAAGGGCAGCCCACGGGGCAGACUACCAUGUUCAGUCGAGGUCAGUGGAAGAGUGGAAGGGUCGUCUUCUUUUCUGUCCUAUACAUUUUUAUUAUCCCGCCGUUGUUCCUGGUCUCGUUGACCUGCUGGGCCCUCGUGUUUACCAUUCCCAUGGCCAAGACCUGCAUGCAUUUGCUCCGUCAUCUUCGACAUUGUCCUCUCGCCCUUGCUUUCGAUUCAGACGCACAAUCGGUGCGAUCAGAUGAGGGGCAAGAUUCCAAAGUUUUGCUCUGCACUUACUCUGCCGUCGGCUUUCGAUACUGGCGCUACUCUAUAGGCGGGAACAGCAUCUUUCUCAUCGACCUCAUGGGCAUCGCCUUGAUCAUAAUCUUCAACUGGCUUAUUCUUCAGAAGCUCUUGCAUAUUCACAUCUUCACUAUCCCGCCCGGCCUACUCUUCCCGGCCAGCCUUCUUGGCAUCAUACCCCUAGCUUAUUUUAUAGGCCAGGCUGUCGCUUCAAUCUCUGCUCAAUCAUCUAUGGGCGUGAGUGCCGUGGUGAAUGCAUUCUUCUCCACGAUAUUCGAGGUCCUUUUCUACUGCGUGGCCCUCAAGCAGGGAAAGAGCCGCCUCGUCGAAGGGUGCAUCAUUGGAAGCAUCUUUGCUGGAGUUCUAUUCCUCCCAGGAUUAUCCAUGUGCUUUGGCGCCCUCAAGCGCAAGACGCAGCGGUUCAACUCCAAAUCAGCUGGUGUCACCUCAACCAUGUUACUUUUCGCCAUCAUUGGGGUCUUUAGCCCUACGCUGUUUUAUGCAGUCUAUGGCACUCAUGUCGUGAGAUGCCGGGGCUGCUCCUACAACCCCACUCAGACCUUGACGGUCAACUCUCAGCGGAGUGUUGCAAAUUGCCAAACCUGUUCCAUCUCCCAGGAGCUUGAUCUUGAUGGGUACCUUUACGUCCAUGUUCUUCGACCAUUCAGCUACUUCUGUGCCGCUCUUCUCCUGUUGGCAUAUGUGAUUGGGCUGCUGUUCACUCUUCGCACUCACGCCACCGUCAUCUGGGCCAGCGAUGCAGAGGAUAAGAAGCACCUCGCACGCAGACAACAGCCAGUGACUACACCUUUGAACCAGGGAAGGCCAGAACUCCCCAUUGGUGCACGGAGACACUCCUUCAGCAGUUAUCGCGCAAGCAUUAGGUCGACCACCACGGUGGGAUCUCCGCACGGAGAACUAUCUCCUCUGUCACCCCCAUUGCAAAGGGUCGAGCCAGAGGUUCCACCCAGGAAUCUGGCACGAAGAGACUGCGAUAUUCUGCCUGAAUUGCCUGAGGAGGACGGCGCUCAGGAUGGCACAAACAGAACACCCAUCUCAUCCACAGACGCUCAAGUUUCCAGGACGAGAGCAUCAAAAGAGACUGACUGGCAUUCUGUACCCAACUGGAGCAGAACAAAGAGCCUGCUGAUACUACUUGGAGCAACGAUUCUCUACGGUAUUCUUGCCAAUAUCAUCAUUGAGAUGGUUGAUUCCAUCCUCAAAGAAGUCCAUGUAGAUGAAAAGUUUGUCGGACUGACCAUUUUCGCCCUUGUGCCAAACACGACAGAAAUCUGGAAUGCUAUUCUAUUUGCAAUAAACGGUAAUAUUGCCUUGUCGAUGGAGAUUGGCUCUGCCUACGUACUUCAGGUCUGCCUCCUCCAGAUCCCGGCCCUUGUGCUCUUUUCUGCAGUGUUCCACUCACAACCUGGCCCUCACGAGGAUUUGAGGAACUAUGUGUUUCCUCUUGUUUUUCCACAGUGGGAUAUGGUGCUUGUUGUCAUUUGUGUGUUCCUUUUGGGGUAUCUGUAUGGCGAAGGAAAGAGCAAUUACUUCAAGGGGAGCAUUCUUUUGCUUGCAUAUGUGGUUGUCGUCUCGGGGUUCUACUUUUCAGGGGUAUGA